AUGGCUAUAGCAGGAUAUUAUUGCCCCUCACUCAAAACCCAUAUCGCUCCUCUUUCACUUGUUAAAUUGGAACCAAGCUUCAGUUGCGGAUUCGUCUCUCUUCCAACCACUAGAAAACUGCCCCGAAAAUCUUUUAUUGUGCGAUCAGUAGCUGCUCCUGUGGAAGUCACUGCAGGCUUUGAUGAAAUGGUUUCUGGAACUCAGCGUAAAUAUUACAUGUUAGGAGGGAAGGGAGGAGUUGGGAAAACGAGUUGUGCUGCAUCGCUAGCAGUGAAAUUUGCAAAUAAUGGCCAUCCCACUCUUGUGGUUUCAACUGAUCCGGCGCAUUCUUUGAGUGAUUCUUUUGCCCAGGAUUUGACUGGAGGAGCAUUAGUGCCAGUUGAAGGACCAUAUUCUCCAUUGUUUGCCCUUGAGAUAAAUCCAGAGAAAGCUAGGGAAGAAUUUCGUAGUGCCAGUCAGACAAGUGGAGGAAGUGGAAUUAAAGACUUCAUGGAUGGCAUGGGCCUUGGAGCUAUAGCUGAUCAGCUUGGGGAACUGAAGCUGGGAGAGUUGCUGGACACACCACCCCCGGGUUUGGAUGAAGCUAUUGCCAUUUCAAAGGCAUGCUCCGGAGUAUCAUGUUCUUCUCAUGAAUGUAGUUUUUUUCUUCGAAUCAAUCUCAAUUUAUCUAAAUGUUUGAUUUCUUACCAGGUUAUGCAAUUUCUAGAAUCACAAGAAUAUAACAUGUUCACGCGCAUAGUGUUUGAUACAGCUCCAACGGGUCACACAUUGCGGCUUUUGUCGUUGCCGGACUUCUUGGAUGCAUCAAUAGGAAAGAUAUUAAAGCUAAGACAAAAAAUAUCUUCAGCUACUUCAGCAAUAAAAUCCGUCUUUGGUCAAGGUGACAACAACCAACAAGUAGAUGCUGCUGAUAAAUUGGAGCGACUUAGGGAGAGAAUGAUUAAAGUGAGGGAGCUUUUCCGUGAUACAAACUCAACAGAGUUUGUUAUAGUGACAAUACCGACGGUGAUGGCUAUAAGUGAAUCAUCAAGGUUGUCUGCUUCCUUGAAGAAAGAAAGUGUUCCUGUUAAGAGGCUAAUAGUUAACCAAGUGAUUCCACCAUCAGCAUCCGACUGCAAAUUCUGUGCAAUGAAAAGGAAGGAUCAAAUGCGUGCACUCGACAUGAUUAAAAGUGACCCCGAACUUUCCAACUUGAUAGUGGUGCAAGCACCCCUUGUUGAUGUAGAAAUCAGAGGUGUCCCAGCUCUUCAAUUCCUCGCCAUUCUGGACACUGUGACAUUGCAAACAUCGUCGCUAUACUCGGGAAUCUCCACAAUCGGAUGGACUGAGAUGAAUGGAUACACUGGUCCGGCAGCCAAAUAUGACAAUGAUGCAAGUUAA